AUGAAGUUUUUUAUAUUUCUUACUAUUGUAAAUUUUUUUCACUUGGCUUAUGGAUCAAGUCUCAGAAAGAACUUUUUAGAGACCUCCAGAAAUUUCGUUCUCGAUUUUUGCAAAGGAAUGAAUAUACAUUUUCUUAUCAGUUCAGAGAUCCAGAGUAAAUCUUUUAUAGAAAAUAUGACGUUUACACUUAUGGGAACAAGUAUAUAUAUGAAGAAAAAUAAAAAUAAUUAUUUAAGUACAAUUAUAUAUAGUAAUAAAAUAAUAUAUAAGAACAUUCAAAGUUUUGAUAAAAUACAACUAUUACCAUUUUCUAAAGAAAUGAAGAGGGUAAUAAAAAAUUAUGUUCAUUUAGCACCAGUAAAAACAGAUUUAUUUUCAUCCUUAAGAGAAUAUUAUGAAGAAUAUAUAUUAAAGAAUGAAUCCUUUAAAAAUGCGAAAAAUGUUAUAGUUAUUUGUAAGAAAUAUUCAGAAGUUGAUUUAUCAGAAUAUUCAGAUGAAUUAGUAAAUUACAUUAGAGAAAUCAGAAGUAAGAAUGUUGGUAUUUUUUUCAUAUCAGAAGUUAAUAGCUAUUCAAUAUAUACAGUUAACAAACUUUCAGAAGCUCGAUAUGAUAAAGAUAUAGGUUAUGCUCUUUCACAUUUUAUACAAAAUUCAUUCGAUAAUUCAAGUGUUGGAGGUUUAAAAAAAUUUUGUUAUCAUUUACAGUAUGGUGCAACAUGUUCAAGGUAUGGUGAUUGGUCUGACUGGAGUGGACCAUGUGAAUUUAGAAAAAGACAACGAGAAAUACCUUUAAAAAUUACUGUUAGUGAAUCUGUUAAGUAUAGGCAAUAUUAUGAUCCUACAUGUAGAGUUGUAUUUGAUUAUGAUAUAGCAGUAAAAGAAGAUUUUCGUAUAGAAUGUCCAAACAAAAUAUAUGAAUGCAGGGGUGUAUGUGGUAAAGGAUAUAAAUUUAAUCCUCGUAUUUUAUUUCAUGAAAUUGUAGAACAUUAUGAAGAAUGUUCUGAUUUGCCAAAGUGUACAGAUGACCAAAUAAAAAAUGGAGAAGAUUUAUCUUAUUUAGAUAUGCUAACUAAACGUUUAAAUGAGGCACAUGAAACUAGUAUUAUAGAAAAAAGUAUCAGAAGAGAAAUCGAGAGUACAAGAAAAGGUGAAACAGAAGAACAAGCUAACGCACGCAAAAUACAAGAGGUAAAGGAACAGAUAAAAAAUAGAUUUAAUGCAAUGAUCGAAAAACAGUAUAGGCUUAUGAGAGAGGACGAGGGAUAUAUAGAAGAAAUGGGGAAAGUUGAUGAAACCGGGGGAGAUGUAAAAGGCGAAAGUAAAAACGUUGCAGAUGCGGGGGUGAAGGUGGCAAAUUCAGAUGUGAAAUUGGAAGAUGCAGGUGCGAAAUUGACAGAUGGAGGUUCUAAAGUGGAAGAUGCACCUUCUAAAUUGACAGCUGGAAGUAUGAAAACGGAAGAUAGAGGUGUGAAAGUGGAGGAUGUAGAUACGAAAGUGGAAGAUGUAGGUACGAAAGUGGAAGAUGUAGAUACGAAAGUGGAAGAUGUAGGUACGAAAGUGAAAGAUGUAGAUACGAAAGUGGAAGAUGUAGGUACGAAAGUGACAGAUGUAGAUAUGAAAGUGGAAGAUGUAGAUAUGAAAGUGGAAGAUGUAGGUACGAAAGUGGAGGAUGUAGAUACAAAAGUGGAAGAUGUAGAUAUGAAAGUGGAAGAUGUAGAUACGAAAGUGGAAGAUGUAGAUACGAAAGUGGAAGAUGUAGGUACGAAAGUGGAAGAUGUAGGUACGAAAGUGGAAGAUGUAGGUACGAAAGUGGAAGAUGUAGAUACGAAAGUGGAAGAUGUAGAUAUGAAAGUGGAAGAUGUAGAUAUGAAAGUGGAAGAUGUAGGUACGAAAGUGGAAGAUGUAGAUACGAAAGUGGAAAAUGUAGGUACGAAAGUGACAGAUGAAAGUACAAAAGUGACAAAUGGCGGUGAAAAAGUUGAUGAAAUUAAAAAAGUGAUAGACAAAAGUGCGAAGAUGAAAGAUGCAGAUAUGAAUGUGACAGAUGAAGGUACAAAAGUUGUAGGUGGAGGUGUGAAAGUGAUAAAUGCAGGUGCGAAGGUGGUAGAUUCAAAUGUGUAUGUGACAGAUGAAGGUGUGAAAGUUAUAGAUGAAGAUUCAAAAGUGGCAGGUGAAGACGAAAAUAAAGAGAAAGUAGCGCAAAGUGCUGGAAGUGCAUUAAUUACAGAUGAUAUAAUAAAUAGAGAGGACGAAGAAAAGGAGAAAGAAAUUAUUGUGAAUAAUGAUCUUCUUAAAAAAGAUGAAAAAAUUGUGUUUAAUGUUCCUGGUACCCUUACCGAAGAUGUGACUACGAAAAAAAGUACAAAUAAUAGAUCAAGAGAGAACAUUAUAAAUAAUAUAAAAGGUGGACAAACUUCAAGUUAUAAUUCAAUAACCACAGAAGAAAAUGACAAUAUAAAUUCUCCAAUUAAUAAUAAUAAUAAUAGCGAUGAUCAUAUACAAAAUAUAAACGAACAUGUUGUAUCUAGCAAUGUAGACGAUUCUGCAAGAGUAGAAGAUAGUAGAGAUACAUCACAUGAGAGAAUUGUAACUGAUCAGAAUGGAACACCUACUUAUAAAAGGACAAAUGAGAUAAGAAAUGAUGAGAACAAUAAACAUAAUUCAGAAUUACACGAAGAAAACCAUAUACAGAAAAAUGAAAAACAAGAAAAUGAUGCACUUAAGGAAAACGAAAGGGAAAGAAGUAAGGAAGUAGUAAAUAAAGAGGUAGGAAAUGAGUUUACAGAAAACGAAAAAUUAAGAGGCACGGGAGCAGUAAAUAAAGAGGUAGAGCAAGGAUCGAUAGAUAUAGAAAAAGAAGGAAGUAACGAAGUCGUAAGUAAAGAGGAAGAACAUGAUAUAACUGGAGACGAAAAAUUAAAAGGUAAGGGAGCAGUAAACAAAGAGAUAGAACAUUUAUUGACGGAUGAUGAAAAAAUAAAAAGUAAGGAUACAGUAAACACGCUGGAAGAACAUCAGGUGAUAAAUGAAGGAAUAGAAAAGUCUGAAAAGAAAUAUAAAAAUAUAAAACAAAAUCAAUUACUAAGAGAAGGAAAAAAUGGAAUCCUUGUAUUACAUGGAUCAAUAAACGAACGACAAAUGCCAGAAGAAGAAAGAAGUCAAAGAAGAUUAGAAAAUACUGAAAUAGUAGAUUUACGUAAAAAUACUAAUGGAAAAAUAAGAGAAGAAAAUGAUAGCAUACAUACAAUUAUUCAACCUCAUAUAAGACAUGUACUAUACAGGGAAAAUACAAAGCUAGGUAAACAUGUUAUUGGAACUACAGCUCCAACAUAUGAACAUCACUCUACAAGUGAGAAUAUAAAUGGAAAAAGUGAAAUAUUAAGUGCAGAAAAAAAAGAGUAUAAUAGUUUACCAGGAGAAAAGGUAAACGAAGGUGAAUCACAAGGAAAGGAAGAACACACAAUUAAUUUUCCUAAUGAAGUGGAAAAUGAAAGAGAAGAAAUAGAAGAAAAACAUUCUGAUAACCAUCCAGAGAGUCAUAUAAUACAAAAGGAAUAUCAAACAGAUAGCCAUGAUAAAAAAGAAGCAAAUAAAGUACCAAAUAAAUCAACCAUCGAACAUACUCCUCCCAAUGUGAGUAGUACAGAACAUAAACUACAAAUUCAUACCAUAAGUGAUAAUUCAUUACCUGAGCAUAAUGAGGAAAAACCAAAAACAGCAGAUGAAUCUAUCACAGAGGAAAUAAUAUCAGAUGGUAACACGAAAAAUUUUCAAGUGCCAGAUGAAAACAAAAGUACACAUGAAAUAACUCUCCAUAGUAUUAGAAAACACGUAGAUCCAAAUGAAGAUAUGAAAGAGGUUUACGAAACAGAUGAAAAUAUUGGAAAUGAAAUAGUUUCAGAUUAUAAUGGGGAAAAUAGAGACUUAGCAAAUGAAGCAUCAGAAGAAUACAGUAUAAUCGAUAAAAAUUUUACACUACACACAAACUUAGAUAAGACAAAGAAGAAUCACCAAGUAUCAGAUCAGAUAAUAAAAAAAUAUGAAAUACCAGAAGAAACUAGUAUUCACCAUAGAGUAUCAGAUGAUACUAACAAAGAGGUUGAAGUACCAUUGGAAACGACAGGAGAACAACAUAUACACGAUGAACACAAUAUAAACGAAAUAGUAGCAAAUAAUAUUAAAAAGAACCAACAAGUACUAAAUGAAACUGUAAGUGGACAUCAUAUAACCAAUGAAAGAGGUGAGGAAGUGAUUGUGAAAGAUAAUGCUGAGAAUCAAGAAAGAACACCACAUGAAACAGAGGGACAAUACAAAAUUAAGGAUGAAAAUAUAAUAGAAGAAACAGUAUCAGAUGAUACUACGAAAAAUCAUCAAUUAACAGAUAAAACAGAGAUACCACAUAAAAUACUCCGUGAAAAUGCUACAGAAGAAAUGAUGUUAACUAAUGUUAAGAAACAAAAUCAACUACCAUAUGAAACCGUGACAAAAUACAUACCGUGGUAUGAAAAAAUAGGAAAAGAUAUCGAAUCAGAUUAUAAUUCCCAAAAUACAUAUGCAACUUAUGAAGACUCUCAGUUACAUCCAAUAGCUCAUGAAGCCACUCAAGUACACCCAACAAGCAAUGAAAUCAUGCAACAGAAUCCACUAACUGGUGAACAAACUCAAGUAGAUCUAGUAAUUCAUAAAGAUGACCAAGUACGUCCAACAAGCAAUGAAGUUACUCAGUUACAUCCGUUAACUCAUAAAGACGAUCAAGUACAUUCAACAACUGAUGGAACCACUCAGUUACAUCCAUUUACUCAUAAGGACGAUCAAGUACGUUCAACAACCGAUGAAGCUUCUCAACAGAAUCCGAUAACUCAUAAAGACAUUCAAGUGCAUCCAACAACCUAUGAAGCAACUCAAGAUUAUCCAUUAACUGGUGAAGGCAGUCAAGUACAUCCAACAUCUGAUGAACCUACUCAGUUACAUACAAUAACUGGUGAAGACACUCAAGUACAUCCAACAUCUGAUGAAGAUACUCGGUUACAUCCAUUAACUCAUAAAGAUGAUCAGGUACAUUCAACAUCUGAUGAAGCUAUUCGAUUAAAUCCAAAAAAUGAUGAAGCCACUCAGUUACAUACAGUAACUGGUGAAGACACUCAAGUACAUCCAACAACUAAUGAAGCCACUCAUGCACAUCCAACAUCUGAUAAAGCCACUCAGUUACAUUCAUUAACUCAUAAAGAUGAUCAAGUACAUCCAACAUCUGAUGAAGCUAUUCGAUUACAUCCAAAAACUGAUGAAGCCACUCAAAUACAUCCAACAUCUGAUGAAGAUACUCAGUUACAUCCUUUAACUCAUAAAGAUGAUCGAGUACAUCCAACAAUUGAUGAAGCCACUCAGUUACAUCCUUUAACUCAUAAAGACAAUCAAGCACAUCCAACAAUUGAUGAAGCCACUGGGCUACAUCCAUUUACUCAUAAGGACGAUCAUAUACAUCCAACAACUGAUGAGGUCACUCAGUUACAUCCAUUUACUCAUAAAGACGAUCAUACACAUCCAACAUCUGAUGAAGCUACUUGGUUACAUCCUUUAACUCAUAAAGAUGAUCAAGUACAUCCACCAAUUGAUGAAGCCACUCAGUUACAUCCUUUAACUCAUAAAGGUGAUCGAGUACAUCCAACAAUUGAUGAAGCCACUCAGUUACAUCCGUUAACUUACAAAGAUGAUCAGAUACAUCCAACAUCAGAUGAAGCUAUUCGAUUACAUCUAACAAAUGAUGAAGCUACUCGAUUAUAUCCAAUAACUAGUGAAGACACUCAAGUACAUCCAACAUCUGAUGAAGCCACUCAGUUACAUCCAUUAACUCAUAAAGAUGAUCAAGUACAUCCAACAUCUGAUGAAGAUACUCAGUUACAUCCUUUAACUCAUAAAGAUGAUCAAGUACAUCCAACAUCUGAUGAAGAUACUCAGUUACAUCCGUUAACUCAUAAAAAUGAUCAAGUACAUUCAACAUCUGAUGAAGAUACUCAGUUACAUCCAUUAACUCAUAAAGAUGAUCAAGUACAUCCACCAAUUGAUGAAGCCACUCAAGUACAUCCAACAUCUGAUGAAGACACUCAAGUACAUCCAACAACUAAUGAAGCCACUCAUGCACAUCCAACAUCUGAUGAAGCUACUCAGUUACAUCCUUUAACUCAUAAAGAUGAUCAAGUACAUCCAACAAUUGAUGAAGCCACUCAGUUACAUCCUUUAACUCAUAAAGAUGAUCAAGUACAUCCAACAAUUGAUGAAGCCACUCAUGUACAUCCAACAACUAAUGAAGCCACUCAUGUACAUCCAACAUCUGAUGAAGACACUCAGUUACAUCCUUUAACUCAUAAAGAUGAUCAAGUACAUCCACCAAUUGAUGAAGCCACUCGGUUACAUCCGUUAACUCAUAAAGAUUAUCAAGUACAUCCACCAAUUGAUGAAGCCACUCAAGUACAUAAAACAUCUCAUGAAGCCACUCGAUUACAUCCAACAACUGAUGAAGCCACUCAAAUACAUCCAACUUCUGAUGAACCUACUCAAUUACAUCCGUUAACUCAUAAAAAUGAUCAAGUACAUUCAACAUCUGAUGAAGCCACACCGUUACAUCCGCUAUAUCAUAAGGACGAACAUAUACAUCCAACAACUGAUGAAGCCACUCGGUUACAUCCGUUAACUCAUAAAGACACUCAAAUACAUCCAACAAUUGAUGAAGCUACUCAGUUACAUCCUUUAACUCAUAAAGAUGAUCAAGUACAUCCAACAUCUGAUGAAGCUACUCAGUUACAUCCUUUAACUCAUAAAGGUGAUCGAGUACAUCCACCAAUUGAUGAAGCCACUCAGUUACAUCCUUUAACUGGUGAAGACACUCAAGUACAUCCAACAUCUGAUGAAGAUACUCGGUUACAUCCAUUAACUCAUAAAAAUGAUCAAGUACAUCCAACAAUUGAUGAAGCCACUCAGUUACAUCCUUUAACUCAUAAAGAUGAUCAAGUACAUCCAACAUCUGAUGAAGAUACUCAGUUACAUCCAUUAACUCAUAAAGAUGAUCAAGUACAUCCAACAUCUGAUGAAGCUACUCAGUUACAUCCAUUAACUCAUAAAGAUGAUCAAGUACAUCCAACAAUUGAUGAAGCCACUCAGUUACAUCCUUUAACUCAUAAAGAUGAUCAAGUACAUUCAACAUCUGAUGAAGACACUCAAGUACAUUCAACAUCUAAUGAAGAUACUCGGUUACAUCCACUAACUCAUAAAGAUGAUCAAGUACAUCCAACAUCUGAUGAACCUACUCAGUUACAUCCAUUAACUCAUAAAAAUGAUCAAGUACAUCCAACAAUUGAUGAAGCCACUCAGUUACAUCCUUUAACUCAUAAAGAUGAUCAAGUACAUCCACCAAUUGAUGAAGCCACUCAAGUACAUAAAACAUCUGAUGAAGCCACUCAGUUACAUACAAUAACUGGUGAAGACACUCAAGUACAUCCAACAUCUGAUGAAGACACUCAAGUACAUCCAACAACUAAUGAAGCCACUCAUGUACAUCCAACAACUAAUGAAGCCACUCAUGUACAUCCAACAUCUGAUGAAGCCACUCAUGUACAUCCAACAUCUGAUGAACCUACUCAGUUACAUCCAUUAACUCAUAAAGAUGAUCAAGUACAUUCAACAUCUGAUGAAGCCACACCGUUACAUCCGUUAUAUCAUAAGGACGAACAUAUACAUCCAACAACUGAUGAAGCCACUCGGUUACAUCCGUUAACUCAUAAAGAUUAUCAAGUACAUCCACCAAUUGAUGAAGCCACUCAAGUACAUAAAACAUCUCAUGAAGCCACUCGAUUACAUCCAACAACUGAUGAAGCCACUCAGUUACAUCCAUUAUCUCAUAAAGACGAUAAAUUAAAUCCAAUAAGCGAUGAAUCCUCUCAACAGAAUCCAAUAACUGGUGAGGACAUUCAGCUAAAUCCAUUAACUCAUAAAGACAAUAAAGCACAUCCAACAAAUUAUGAAGACACUCAAGAGAAUACAUUAACUGAUGGAGGCACUCAAAAGAAUACAUUAUCUGAAGAGCAUACUCGUGAGCAUCCAAUAACUAAUAAGGACUCUAGAGAACAUACAGUAACUGAUGAAACCACACAAAAACAUAAAACAACUAGUGAAGAUGCUCAUUUACAUCCAAUAACUCAUAAAGACAAUCAAGUACACCCAACAACCGAUGAAACAACUCAGGAUUAUCCAACAUCCGAUGAAACCACUAAAGGAAAUACACCAGAUAAGAUUAUAAGGAAUCAACAAGAAUCAGGUGAAGUUAUGAGUGGACAUCGUUUUCAUGAGAGUGAAAUUAAGAAGCAUGAAAUACCACUUGAAGAUAAAGGCGAAAAUCACCAAGUGGGGCAUGUACAUAAUCCUAAAGUAGAAGAUAAAAAGUUUAUUUCUGAGCAGUGCACCAGUGAUGGAAAGACAUGUAAAGGAGUUCAAGUGCAAAGUGAAGGUAAAGAUGAAGGUGUAGGUAAUGGUACAGUUGUAGAUAAAGGUAAAGGUGUAAUAAGAGUUAGUGGUAAAAGUAUAGGAAAAGGUAAUGGUAUAGAUGAGGAUAAAGGUGCAAUUAAAUCAAAUGUCGUAUCUGAAAGUCCUCGUGAUGGCAAUGGUAAGAAUGUUGUUAAAAGCAGAAUUAUAGAUGAAGGUAAUGGUGAGACAAUAGAUGAAGUUAAUGCGAAAGACAAUGAAGGAGGUACAGGUAAAGUUAUAUUUGAUGAUGAGCUUAAUGGUGAAUAUGAUGAUUCAAAGGAGACUUCCAUAAAGGAUAAUCAAGGCAUUUUAAGAAUUAGCGAAUAUAUUAAUGGACAAAAGAAAAGAACAUAUGAAAAUGAAAACACAGAUGGACAGAAUGAAAGUGAAAAUAUUAGUCCUGAAAAGGAUAGCGCAAUGAAAAAUAAAGAUGAAGGUAAAAAAGAGAAUACGAUCACGAAUAUAAGGGACCAUAUAUCUAAUGAGAUCACAACUGAAGGUAUAGCAAACGAGGGAGAAAAAGAUUCAGUAAAAGGUAUGAAAAUUCGUGAAGAUAAAGAUGAUUCAGAUAAUAAAAAGAUAGAAAGCGAAAGAAAAGGUAAAGAAGAGCAAACAGAAGAUAAUCUUAAUUCAAUAAAAAAUAAAGGACAAACAAUAUAUCAGCACGAACAUGAAGUAGUUACUAGGUUAGACGCAAAUAAUGAUAAUAAUGAAAAUAAUCAAAAUAAAAAAAAAGGGGAAAUAGAGUUUACAAGGGAAGAGGAUUCGAAAACAGCCGUUAAUGGAAAUUCAGGUGUAUCAUCACAUGAAAAUACUGAAGUGGGUAAUGAAAAGGUACCUGAAAGCAAAGAAAUAGAAAAGGAAGGAGGUAUGGGUAAAACAACAGAUGCUUCAUCACAAACAAAUUAUAGAAACGAACAAAACGGAGAAGUAUCUAGUACAGCUAAUAAAAAUCCUGAUUCUACAUUUACAAAAGAUAAAAACAGUUCAUUAUCGGAAGAAGAAUCUAACAAAAUGGAAUUAGAAAAAGAAAAUGUGGACAAAAUAAUUAAUAGUAUAGUGAAUGAUAAUGAUAAUCCUAACAGUGAUAAUGGAAAGAAAGAUGAAAUAAAUAAAAAAUUAGAUGUACUUGGUGAUUAUGUAGAGAAUGCAAAAAAGCUUCAAGGGGGGAAUGAGAAUUACCCAUAUAAAUACUAUACAGAUACAAAAAGUGUUCAUAAAGUGUAUAACAAAAAAUCAGCAGAUGGAAAUUUAGACCGAAAAAAAUAUAUAAUUGUAGGUCAGAAUAAUUUUAUCAUAGAUUCAGAUGAUACUAAAGAUCCACUUCUGAGAGUUAUGUCUCAGGAAGUUAACAAACUACUGGAAGAACAGAUUCAAAAAGAUAUAACAAAUACAUUAAAUGAAGAGGAAAAAGAAAAUUCUGAUGGUAAAUCUUAUCAUAGUAAAACAUUCAAAUAUGCAGGUUUAACAAUUUUUGCUGGUACAUUUGUAAUCAUAGCAUCUAUAUAUAUUCUAGAUAAGUUACGCAAUUACAAGCCACCUCAAAAGGAAAAUUUGAAUAAUAUUGAAUAUCAGUUUACAUCAGAAGCAGUAAUAGAUGAAGAUAAAGGAAAAGAAAUAUCUUGCGGAAAUAUUGGUUAUCUUGAUGAAGGUUGGUCCUAG